AUGAAGAAAACGACAAAACCGAAAGCUGAUUUUGACGGCAUUUCAGAGUUGGAUGUUAUUAGUAAAACGGGACUAACACAGAGAGUUUUCGAGAAAUUUGACUUUAUCGCAUCUACGCGAGUGCCGAGGUAUCCGUAUCUUACUGGACGCUAUCAACCAUUUUGCUAUUCGCUCUCAUUCAACUCGAUUAGCUCAAAGUCUAACUGGUAG